AUGGAGAGCAGAGGGCGCUGGGUGAUGGAUGCUGAACGGAGAGUAGCGGAGCGGCUGGAGAGGGCUGCCUGGGCGCUCACACAGCUCCUCCUGCUGACCUACCUGCCUCCUCCGUGGGGAGAGUGUGAGUCCAAGGCCCUGGACUCUGGCUUCUUCAAGGUCUACAGUGUGACAGCCUGCAGGAUUGACUGUGAGACACGCUACAUCGUGGAAAACUGUAACUGCAGGAUGGUGCACAUGCCCGGUGAUUCUCCAUUCUGCACCCCUGAACAGUAUAAAGACUGUGCAGAGCCUGCCCUUGCCAAGUUGUCGAUGCUGGAGAAUAGUAACUGCAUCUGUAGGACACCAUGCAACAUGACACGCUACAACAAGGAGCUGUCCAUGGUCAAGAUCCCCAGUAAGACCUCAGCACGCUACCUGGAAAAGAAGUUCAACCGCUCUGAGAAAUACAUCACGGAUAACAUCCUGGUCCUGGACGUGUUCUUUGAGGCCUUGAACUAUGAGACCAUCGAGCAGAAGAAAGCCUACGAGGUGGCAGGCUUACUGGGUGAUAUAGGUGGUCAGAUGGGUCUUUUCAUCGGGGCCAGCAUCCUCACCAUCCUGGAGCUAUUUGACUACGCCUAUGAGGUGGUGAAGGACAAGUUGCUGGACCUACUGAGCCGAGACGACGAGGAGGAGAGCCACGGAGAGGACGUGAGUUCCUGUGACCCGGUGGGGAACCACUCAGAGGCCAUCAGCCACACGGUGAGUGUCCCCCUGCAGACCACCCUGGGCACGCUGGAGGAGAUCGCCUGCUGAGCCCCCAGCCCAGCUCCACACACACACCAGGCCAGGCCACUGUGAGCCCCCAGCCCAGCUCCACACACACACCAGGCCAGGCCACUGUGAGCCACCACCACACGGGGAGCCAGUGAGCAGCAGCCUCUUCCACAGGCUAGCAGGACAGAAUGAGAGUGACUUUGGUGUGGAGGAUGUGUGGCUGGGUGGCUGGUCAGAGGAGAAGGUGGCUGGGCUAGACUGGGCCUCCCCUCCACACAAUCACUGCAGCACUAAUGGGGAUUAAGGAGCUGUCACCUGGACUUACUGGUGCCCUCUGUUACUGGAACUGUUACUGUUACCGUCCUGCUGGAGGAGGACAGCCGCCCCCCCUCCCUCCUCCUCAUGUGCUCAUCUACCUGACAACUCAUAGGUCUUCUCCAGUUCACAAACAGACAGACUAUACUGUAAACCUAACGGGAAGGGACUCAUCUUUGUACAGGACAUGUGUAUUCACUAGUCAUCCAUCAGUCAGUACUGCCAGACAUUAUACCAUAACAGUUACUGUGAACUGUCCAAGUUGCAUGCACCGCUUCCUCUCGGAGACGGUUUCUCUCUUUGGUGAUGCUGAUUGGCUGACACUGGACUGCAGUGUUGCUUUACUGUACAUUUACCCUGUCUCUCUCAUUCUCUCUCUCUUUCUCUCUCUCUGUGUGUGUGGCCUAUGAGACAAGGCCAGCUAUAGAAAAAUAAUGUAUAGAUUGAACAUGGUUCUCUAUAACAUAUUUCAUUUGACACAUCCGUCUAAGGCAAUUCCAUUUUGUUGAUGCACUGUUUUCUUAGGUGGUAAGUUGUAUAUCUUUGGGAAGGGGUGUUGGGACUGUAUUUGCAUUCAUAUUGGAAAAACAUAAGCAUUCUAAAGAAUCAAUUCCAAAAUGACUGUUUUGCAUUCAGUUAUUUAUUUUGUUGUUUAAUGAAACCAUUCUAUUGAUUCCACUCCUAUCAUUUACCACAAGGUUAGUACGCCGAGGGAAGGCAAGGUACUGAGCUGCUUCUUAACAACAUAUUAAACAGGUGCCAUAUUCCUACGUGUAAACUCUUGUAAAUUAUUAAACACUUGCCUCUUGGCGGCAGCGCCUCAGUGGGGUAAAAGCACUCGUUGAUGACUGAGGCUGAGCCAAAACCAGAGAGGUGGAGUGUGACAUUGUUUGCCUGGCAGAAUACAAGCAGAGUACAAAUGUCGCUCAUAAAUUAACAUGCUGAGGAGGUUUGGUUUCAUUUCAGCUGCAUGAUGUGGGUGUGUUGUCUGGAGAGACCUGACGGACUCCCACCUCAUCAGAAUUUAGAUAAUGGACCUGGCCAUUACCUGGAGAUAGCCCAGCUAGAGACUAUUUAAACUGAAUUUCCAUGAUAAUCAUGGUUUUAAUAAUGGAAAUAAUGAUUAGGAUGAAAAUAAAUGCACUGAUGUAGAUUCAGACGAGGGGAAAUUAUAUUCAGAUUAAUUUGAGGAUACAGGGUGUGUUGUAUUGUGGUGUUAAUAUUGGUGUUGUGGUACAAAAAACCAAAGCGGGUACAAGUGUCCUGUCCUUUCUACAGUGGACAUGUUAUUGAAGAUGGACUUACAUGAACCGACUUAUGACUGGUUGACAUUUUAAUUUCAAGCAAAUAAAGAUCUGGUAACAGAGCAGGAUAACACUAACACAACUGAUUCAACUAAUCAAGACCAACAUUUAAGAACUGUCGUCUGCAGAAACGGUACCCUGCACACUCUGCAGUUUGCCGGGACUAUUGUCCAUCUCUGACUGAAAGACACAAGCUUUGUCAAAUUGUAGGUGAUUUUAAGCCAAAUAUUUUGUAAAUAGAUGAUCCACUGAUGAUGCUCAUAGCCCCCAACUAAACACAUUUAAUAACCAGUUAAAAUCAAAAUCACCAAACCAUGGUUGGUGUGAGAACCCAGGAGGUGUUGUUCUGUUCUCAAAAGUGACAAAGGACUAACCAAAGCCCUGACAUGAAACGCUGACUGGUCUCAAAAAGGAUUUGGUUUGUACUUUAUGUUUCUUUAAUGCCCCUCCAAUCUAGUGCCAUCACACUAAAAAGGCCCAUAUUGCAUCACUAUUAUAUGACGAGUACAUCCAUCCAGAGUAGCAUAUCAAUUAGCCAUGAUUAUUCAGACAGGUGGCAGGUAGCCUAGCAGUUAGAGUGUUGGGCCACUAACCGAAAGGUUGCUGAUUUGAAUACCUGAGCGGACAAGGUGAAAACUCGAUGAAUACCUGAGCGGACAAGGUGAAAACUCGAUGUGCCCUUGAGUCAGGCAGCUAAACCUAAUUUGCUCCAGGGGUGCCGUACUACUAUGGCUGACACUGUAAAACAACACAUUUCACUGCACCUAUCCGGUGUAUGAGACAAAACAUAUUUUUUUCUAUUUCUACUAUGUCAUCAUUAAAAUGUACAGUACAGGUGGGAAUGAACUCCAAGUGCUUUGUGAAACUGUUUGAACUAUGAUUUCCUGUCUGUUGUUGACCUGCUGUGUGUAUUCUAAUCUCUCAUGAAUGGCUUAGCAUGUCUCCUUUAGCAGUGACCUCAGCCAUCUCCAGGGGCGAACUGGCCAUCUGGCAUUUCGGGCAAAUGCCAGAUGGGCUGGUUCAUUUUUAGCGUAGUGGGCCUGUCUAACUAAAGAAAAUUUGCGCAAAAUCAUUAUCUGACCUUGAGCAAAAAUAUGGACCGGUGUGGGGACCUCAAGGAAAAAAAUGGGCCGGUAUAUUACAAAUGCGAGAGCAAAUUUCUGGUCCCAGUCCGCCCCUGCAUCUCACCUACUGUAUUGAUCUGUCCAUGGAGAUAGGAACACUACUAUAGGACACAUACUGGGUCUCAGUGAAAAUGCCACUGGUUGUUUCUUCUCUUUUGGUUUCUAUUGCAGGACUGCUUUUUCAUUUUGUGAUGUAGCAUAAAGUACGUGUUUUUAAUGUGAAACUAUUUAAAAAAGUUUUUUG